UGUUUUGAGGCAUUUCUCCCUGAGUUUUGCACAGAUCACAUGAUAUUUACCCCAGAGGUUGUGGGAGCCUCAGACAGUGCGCUGAGGUGAAGCUGGAUUCCUGUAUCGCAUACAAUUUCCACCAUGGACCUCGCCGCUAAUCGGCGCCAUAUCUGCAGCCAUGUAUUUUACUCAAGCUGUGCUGACAGUGCGCAAAUCCAUGACAAACCUCCAACACAAUGAGCAUGUUAUCUGCAAAAUAAGGUGAACUCUUAACCAUGACCUCAGAAGAUGAAGACUGGUACAGCAUACUGGGGGCACAUCCAUCAGACAGCCAGGCCCAGCUGAAACAGAAGUAUCAGAAGUUGGCUUUAUUAGUGCAGGCCCACCCUGUGCUGUGGAAAGAAAAUUACAACUGCUAUGGUGACCAACACCUUCAGAACCAAGCUUGGAAAAGAAUCUGUGAGGCACUGUGUCCGGACUGGGUCAAGCUUACACAGUUGCAGCAGGAGGUUUUUGAGGAGGACCUAAGAAAGAAGUGGAUAUCUUUGCAAGACUUUUUUCUUAAGAAGCAUCGCAAAGCUGAAAGACGUGGGUCCUCUCCCUCGCAGGUACCAUUCUAUGAUGAACUGCUGUUUCUACUGUUCAGCAGGGGACCCAAGCCAUCUGAAGGCAGUAAUUGGGAAAGAGAAAGCCUGGCAGAGUUUCCAGCUGCACUUGACCAGCAGGAGUGGAAGCCAAAUCCUACACUAUCAGCAGAGGUCAAAGAGGAAUUGGAGGGGAACCAAGCAGGACUGUCAAGAAUGCACACACCAGCAAUUGCCUUACCAUCAGCCAAAACAUCUGCUGUUGCUCCAGUGCCUACCCGAGUAGCACAUCCUCACCCCACUGUCCACCCAGCUCACACUCGUAGGCAGGGUCAGAGAACCCUCCGAGCAUCAGACAGGGAGUUAAUCCAGAGGGUCCACAGCAAUGACAAAUUUGACCGCUUUGGCCGCGAGAUGGCAUCUAGCUGCCGCCGGAUGCGUCCCGAAGUCCGACACAAUUUUAUGUCAUAUGUCUAUUGUGCAGCAGCGGUCUUUGACUCCCCUGACCCCCUGCUUGAUGUUGAGUCUCUAAUCAAUGACCUCCAGUCAUUCGUUGGCCAUCAGAAUACCCUUGAGGAUGUGUCCACCUCCACCCAGACCAACACUAUUGAUUUAUCUGCUCCUUCCUCCCCACCCACUACUGAUUCCUAAUGUUAUGCAUUUUCCCCCCUGUAUCCCUACACCAGCAGUGGGUCCAGCCAAUCACAAUAACUUCCUGGCUUUUCAACCCUCGAGGAAUAUUUUCUCCACCCAACCCCCUUUUUUCUUUUUUUUAUUUAUUAUUGUUUUUUGUUUUUGUUAAAGGUUAGAAUUUCUUAUUUUUGUAAGAAAUGAAAAUUAAAAUACCUUGGCUCUUGAGUUAAAAAUAAAUGGUUUCUUUGUUUUUGUUUUAGCUUUUAAAAAUUAUGGAAGUGAAAAAGCUGAUUCCUCUAUAGGUCAUUUGUGUCAUUCAGAAUGCCAAAACAUUACAUACAACAUACGUUUUACAUGAAGUAUACCAGGUGCCAUACUUGUGUUGCUUUUGAGCUACUCAUUGAACUACUGAACCAGAAUAAAUGUACCGCCUUAGGCCAUUUUCAUGUGAGCAUAUUAUGAACUGAGUUCUGGGCAAAAUACAGAUGUGCCAGUAUAAAUCAAAAGCGCCUAUUGACCUGCAACCAAGGGUGUUAUAUAAACAAAUAUUAUUAUUAGUAGUAGUAGUAAUAAUAAUAAUAAUUAGAAUUAACAGUAAUAAAGGAGUUAGAUGGCCUAAGCUUCAGUCGGAGGGGGUACCUGUAUCUCCACUUCAGAGUAAGAACUGUCCCUAACAUUUGUACAAAUGUUGUACCUGGUUGAACCUUUCAUAGAAGACUCUCCUGCAAGGAUGCAUAACUCACCCCAGAUGCAAAAAAAACUGAAAAAAAUGCACAAAAAUGUCAUAUUUGACCAUUGUGACCAUGCGCACCAAUAAUAAAUUAGUGAAGAAGGCCAAAACCUUAAAAGAACUAAAUCAUUUUUUGUUUUGCCGUACAUAAGCUACCUGCAUUCUAUGUUGACAGAUAGUGGGGCAGAUUGACUUACACAGCCUAAUUCCUAUGCAGUGUAAAGUAAAACUGGGCAGUCCAAGGAUGUGCCGGACUUAUCAAAGUGGCUCAUGCAAUCUUUAGGUGUUUUUGUGUAACUUUGUAACAUCUAUUAGUAAUUUGCAAUUUAUUUAUUUUCUCAAUUAAAAAAUUUGGGCAAAAAUAUCAAUGUUCUCCUUCCUGUUUCACUGUAUAAGAAAAUGG